AUGUCAAGCGGUUUCCGUCACCACUUCUCGGAUACCUGGAUUUCGUGUUCCGGCCGUGGACAGAAAUGUUCAUAUAUAUUUCAAGCACUGUCCUUUAAAUUUACUCCAUCGGAGCGAUCGAAGCGCCAGACCACUAUUCAAACCCUUGGGUUCUCCUAUCGACCUGUCGAAUUGAAAGAGGAUAACGGUGUGAACCACCCCUCUAUCCAUAGUCUCCUGCACCCCAUGCUUCUCGGAGAAAAUGCCUCGCUUCGACGUUGCAAUAUCACCCUCUACGGCCAACAUGAUACACAGGUUGACUCGUGUGCGCUGUUUCUAAGAGCUCGAAAGCCUUUAUCUGCAUUGAAGAACGUCGAGAAGCUAUACCUCGAGUACACAACAUCACUCGUCUCUAAAACCUCCAUCGCACACACACCACCCAGACUCGACCAGAUUCCCUCAGAAAGUCAAAGUGGACGAGAGGUCGUGAUUGGGUUUAGGACUUGGUGUGGAACUUCGGGGCUUCCAUAG